CAUAAAGUAAUGUUGGUCACCAUUCCGGUUGUAAUCGUUCUUUCAGCACGGCAAGAUGGCUGAUCAGAGUGAACGUGCGUUCCAAAAGCAACCCACGAUCUUUCUUAACCGUAAGAAAGGUCUGGGCCCUAAGAGGCGAAAGCCGAUGAGAUAUAGCCGCAAUGUAGGUCUUGGCUUUAAAACACCUCGUGAGGCUUUGGAAGGAACUUACAUUGACAAAAAGUGUCCAUUUACUGGUAAUAUCUCUAUUAGAGGACGUAUUCUCACUGGAGUAGUACAAAAAAUGAAAAUGCAAAGGACUAUUGUCAUACGUAGAGAUUACCUACAUUAUAUUAGAAAGUAUAAUCGUUUUGAGAAACGUCACCGUAACAUGAGUGUUCAUUUGAGUCCUUGCUUUAGAGAUGUAGAAAUUGGUGAUGUAGUAACAAUUGGAGAAUGCAGACCACUGAGCAAAACAGUCAGAUUUAAUGUUCUGAAAGUUUCUAAAGGAACAGGAUCUAAAAAAAGUUUCAAGAAAUUCUAAGAUCACCAAAGCGACAAGUGGAGAUAUCGGCAUUGACGUGACAAGGGGAAAGUUACGAAUUACGACCUUGAUUUGUAUCUUACAACGUUACAAAUUAAUAAAUAGAAACAUUUCUA